AUGUCAAUUAUCGCCACCUAUGCCGAGCUACAGAGAUUUUCGAAUAUGGAUUUCUCUUGGCUUACAGCACAUACUAUUUUUGUUGCUUCAAUUACCGUGAUCUACUACUUAUGGUCCUGUCCGCUUUGUCGAGGAAAUGACUCAUUGGAUGCUUGUAUGAAUCGCGUUGAACAGGCUCACCAACUACUCACAAUACUGGGUAGGUCCUGGUCAGUGGCACUAAAAGCAAGUGGCAAGUUAGAGAGACUCAUCAAAUCCACGAAAGAUCUCUACGAAGGCUUGGGAGAUCCACAGGCUACUAAUUUCGGAGAAUGGCCAGAUGGAAACCUCGGGAUCGCUCCGACCACAGAUGCGGAUUUUGAUAGAUCCGCUGGCAAUAUGGCUUUGCCUGGCGGAGGGAACGCCCUUAUUGAUGAGCUUGGGAUCCUGCGGGAUCUGUUUGAUCUGGGCUGGUUGGAAGACUUUACAGACAAUAGCAACCAGCCUUAA